AUGGGAUAUUACACCGGCAGGGACCUAAUCCGAAGAGCUCUGCUCUCCAAGGACCUGGAGGAAAUGUACGUCCACGGGAGGAACGACUCUAUUGACUUCUACCCCGAAGAUUUCCGUGCCAUGGCUCUUGCCUGGCCACGUCUCAAGAACCUCGGCCUCUAUAUUCCAGCUGACUCAGUUGGUGACUAUGACGAUGAGAUGGUCACAGAAGUGCCGCCGAUCAGCAUCCUCGAGACUUUCGCGCGCCAUUGCCCGAUGCUUGAGUGGUGGAAUGUCCCUGUGUAUUACGACACUCCCCUCCCUGACGUUUCCUCCAUACCGCCAAAUCGAAAUAUGCAGUCGUUAUACCUUACCACUGAGUCCGAGGACAUAGAGACGGCGGCGGAGGUGGCCCUCUUUCUGUACACCCUCUUUCCUGAGGUCGGCACUGUCGACGAGGACGCAUGGGGCGGUAAAAUACAUGAGAUGAUAUUGCGGCUGCAGAUGGGCGUGGAGGAUUGGAUUCUGUCUGGAUCGGAUGCUUCACACUCUGACAAGGAUGAGGACCACGGGGAGAUCACUGAUGAAGAAGAGGAGGGAUAUAGUGACGAAGAGGUCGCGCAUGGCGAUGAAAGUGCAAGGGACGAAGAUCAUGAGGACGACUAA